AACUCCCGCGUCCCCUCUCACUUAAACAAGGAGUACAAACUGAUGCUUCUCUCCGCCGGCAUUUUGAUAGAAAGCGGCAUAAUCUCUCCGGUCGAUCUCCUGCUGUCCUGCAUUUCGGUUUCUAUUUGGCGGUGAAAUCACCGCCUAGGUUGUGGCUUUAGAAAGAUAUUUGAAUAUUCAAAAAUGUUGCAAUGGAUGGGCGGAUCUCGGCGGAAAGUGACUUCCACAAGAAUGUCAACGCAGAAAAGGCAAAAACACUACUUUGAGCAGAAAAGGCGGCAACAGCAAGCGACCGGAGGGAGGAAAGAUUCUGAGGAGCACAAUAUCCAUGGGCAGCAUGCUGAAAAUAGUAGAUCUCUGGAUAUUCUAAGUUUUCAGAACUUAUCAACUGUUGUGCAACAGAAUAAGUCAAAUUACCCUUUAGGAAACAAUGAAACAGAGCAGCAUGCUCUGAACUAUCAAGCACUCAAGUGUCCACAAUCAAUACAAUGCUUUCAAGCUAACAAAUUCACACCUUCCGGCCCCUCUGAAGCUGAGGAAGCAAGACUUUCAUCAAGCUAUCAACCAGGCAGUUCAUAUGCAAAGACGAUGUUGGUUAGCACUUCUGGUAAAGAUGCAAGAACUUUCAACUCAGAUGAUGACAAGAUGAAUCAGAUAAAAAUGGUCCCAGAGUAUCAAGAACUAGGUAUGAUGGACAUACUUGGAGAUGAUGAACCAAAUCUCCAUACUGGUUCAAGUUUAGAACGUGAAGCUCAUGCUGCAUUUUCAAUUGAAGGUGUUGGUAGAGUGGAAAUGGAGACUCCAGUUCAUACGCCAGUUCGUGCACCAGAGGUGCAUGGCAGAAACUUCUUGCAUGGUUGCUCUCCACCAUCAAAAGCUAUGAGGCCUGCUGACUCAUUCAACCUUAACAGCGAGCUGGUUAACCUUGAAUUUGAAUUGGAUGCUAUGAUGCAGGAAGUUGAUGUGCCCUUAUGUAAAAGUUCUGUGGAGCACUCUUUCUGUUCAAAGGACAUAUUGGGUUCUUUCAGCAAGCAAAAGCAAGAUUUGUUGGACACCAGAGAAUUCUCAAUAUUUGAUGACAAUGAUAAUGGUUUUACUGAUCUUUUUCAGAAUGAUGAACCAUUCUUCCACAAAACAGAGAGAAAUAGGCACAGUUGGGAUGCAACCUGUAGGCCUGUAACUGGCAAAAUUCUUGACGAGAGUGCUUUUGGUUCAUCUUGCAACAUUUGGAUGGAUCAAGAAGAUGCUUCUGAUGAUUAUUAUACCAUGGACUCCAGGAGUGAAGAAUUUACUUUCCAAGGCUCUUAUCGACAGAAGAGCAGGACUACAAUGAGAAAAUCAAAGAGACUCGGACAUAGAGAUUCACCUGAGCUAUAUGUGAAGCGCCAGAACUCAGAGAACUUUCAUGAUUCCACAAUUCCGGAGAUGACAUGGAGAUCUCCAGUUCACAGAGACCAUGAUGUUGGUGAUAUUGAUUACCAACCCACAUGGUCAUGCUUCAAAACUGAAGAUACAAGAGACAAUUUGAGUUUGCUGAGUGAGGAGUCAUGCUCGUCAAGCGCAGUGGGGGGUGUAUCGAAGAAAGGCACAUUGAACUCAACUGAGAAACAGACACCGAAAAGUGCUGAUUUUGGUUGCUCAGAGAACAUCUGUGGUGAAAACAUUAUGUAUGGCAGAGUAAAAACCUGCAAUAAGUUGGAGAUUAACCAGCAAGGGGACAACACAAAUGAGCAAGGAAAGCUUACAAGGAUUUCAAAUUCAUCAAGAUCGCAACCAGCUGAUAACUCAAAAAUGACUUCUGAGAAGAGGUUGAAAUCAGAGAAUGGCCGAUUGUUUGAGGGAGCAUAUGAUCCUGGCAAGACAAUUUCACGUCAUAAUCCUUAUCCCAGGACAUAUGAUACAAAUCCAAGCUCCAGACUUUGGAUUGAAGAUCUCUUUGGCACAUCCGGAGGUACCAAUGUGCAUGCUGAUUGCUCACCUUGUUGCAACCUGACAUCAGAAGAACAUGAUUCCCACCAACGUAAGUUGGAAAAAGUUACGCCAGUGUCAAGCAUGCUAAAUUUUUCUGAGCACUGCAAUAGGGGGUAUAAACCUCAGAAGUCAAUGCAUGGUCACAGUUUUCCAGAAUCAGAACUGCAAAGCAUUACCAGGGAGGAAGAUGAACAUACUGAUCUCCCUGUAUCUGAACAUGGAAAACUGGAGCAUUGGAGAGAGCGUUCCCGCUGCAGAAAAAGCUUAUUCUCAGGAUGUGGGAAGUUUAUCUAUGUAGCUGAUGUGGAAGACAAGUCUAGUGACUGCAAGGAAUCCACUACUGAGGCUUCAAAAUUAUCCUCAGGAUGUCGGAAGUGUACUUGUACGCCUGAUGAGGAAGACAAGUCUAAUAAUUGCAAGGAAUUCACUAAUGGGACUUCAAAAGCCGGAGAGAAUGUGAAAGAAACGGAUUGUCUCCAAGAUGAAGAUGCAUCACCAUCUGGGGCUACUUCAAGUAUUGAUGGCAAUUCGUCCCAUGUAGAUGCUAAAUGUCAGCUUAAUGCUCAGAGCUCUUUUUUGCAUCAAACUGGAUCCGGAGAGUCGAAUCUGCAAAGACUGCUAAUCAGCUGUCUUUUGUUCUUCCCAACUAGCAAAUCUGGAAGAAGGAUUUGGGCAUGAAGAAAGGACAGGAAGUGAGGAGAAAAGUGGGAUUGAGUCAACAUGCCAGGUGAUGACGCUUGAUAGCUGUGUCCUGCAACUUCUUUGCAUUCAGGUACUGAAGGAAGCAUCUGCUAAGGUAGCGGGGAAGAAGGCUUGAAGCUUUGAGCAUAUUGAAUUCCUUGGCUUGUCCUACAUUGCCCCUACAACUUUUUCUUCUGCGAAAAGUUUGUCAAGGGAUAUUUACGAGCAAUUAGACCUCAGAUUAUUUGGCAUGACUUUGCUUUGUCCACAAUACUCUCUUGCUUGACUGGCAGUUCUUUGAUUAGUGUGAAGUGAAUGGAAAAGGAAUGGGCCGCAAGCAGAAUUUAUUUCUUUUUCCUUUUUUUUUGGGGGGCCUCAUGAGAUUGCUUUGGAACAUUUUCUUAAAUUAAAAUUUCUUUAGAUAUUAAUGGAACAAAAUAUGAACAUACAAAAGAGGAUUGUUCAACUGAUAACAAGUUUGAUGUUGAUACAAAUCUCUGCCUACCUAAUACCUUUCUUUCUAUCAAAUCCAUCAUUUCAGAGUUGCUAACUUUUAUCUCCCAAUGCAGAGCUGUCCUUUGGAUGGGUGGCUUAAUUUCAUCAUAUAACAUCUCAAUUUCAUUACAUCUGAUUGAUUGAGAGGCUUUAGCAU